AUGGAUGUAAUGAUAUUUAUUCAUAUGAGACAUAGUAAUGUCUCACUCUAACACUUUCCUGCCCUUUCUUUUAUGAAAACUAAUGUUAUCCUUUAAGUGAAAAUACUUGUGCAUUAUACUAAUAACAACAAAGUUGUUAAUCUUAAUACGGAUAUUGUUAUUGGAAUUAAGGCCAAUGUAAACUAGUAAAGAAAUGUAUUCACAUCACUGAACAACGAUAAUGUUAAAGAUUUUCAUUAUCGUGCAACUGGAAGAAUAAUAAAUGUGAAUCAUUUAGUUGUUAGUAAAUUUAAUUAGAAAACUUAUGUAAAUAUACUAUUCCAGAUUUGUACUCUGAUGAAGUUUAACCAUGUAUUUGGAAUAAUGGGAGAUGUGAAAAUUUAAUAGAUUCUAAUAAUUUAGAUUCUGAAUAAUGUAUAUCAAAUACUCUCGAUACUUAUAAAUGGACUGGAUCAAGUUGUGUAUCUUGUUCAUAAACUAAUUAACUAAUAUCCCUUUAUUUACAACUUCCAAAGUAAUGCUCGUGUUUUUAAUUGUAUAAUUAAUAAGUUUGCGAAAUGACUUCAUCUUGUAUAUGGUUGUAUUCUUCUUGUACUUAUUAGUCAUGCUAGAAUAUUAAUUAACAAAUUAAUUGUGCAAGUAAUCCAUAAUGUGCUUGGAUUUCAGGUUAAUGUCAACCAUUUAAAAUUUGUAAUGAGCUUUUUGGAACAUCUUAACAAGAAUGUAUUUUAUUAAGUGUCAACUGUCCAGCAAGUAAUGGAAUUACUUGUCAGGACAAAAAAUCAUUAAAACCUUGCUCAAAUUAUUAAAAUCAAAGUUCAUGUGCUAAUUCUUUAGGGAAUAAUGGUUUAUGCUUUUGGCAGAAUAAUUCUUGUUAAGUAUUAAGUAAAUGUUAAUAAAUAACAUAAUAAUAAGAUUGCCAAUAUUUUUCUAAGUAAUGCACUUGGACUACUAAUUGUCAAUCUAUAGGAUGUUCAAGCUUCAACACUCAAGCUACAUGCUAAUAUUAUUAUUCAUCCAUCAAUUCUUAUACUCCAAUUCCAUGCUAUUGGAAUUCUAUCUCUGGAGUUUGUGCUUAAACAACUAAUUUUAUGACAUAAUUAAGUGCUUCAACUUGUUCAAUUAAUACUAGAUUGACUGCCUAAUGGAGUUAUACAUUAAAUUCUUGUUUAAGUUGUUAAACUCCAAAUUCUGUAAAUCCAUAUCAGUGUUCUUGUUCUUAAAUAAUAUCUUAAAUAAAUUGUUUAUAAAGUCUAUAAUGCACAUGGAACGCUUAAAAUAAUUAAUGUUAACAAUUACCAUGUACUAAUUUAAUUUAAUCAUUAUGUAUUCAAAACUCAUAAUGUAUGUGGACUGGAACUUGUUAAUCGUUUUCAUCAUGUACUAAUCUGAUAGCCACAAAUUCAUAAGAAUGCUAAGCUUAAUCGCUAUAUUGCCCUUAUUAUAAUUCUAAUACUUAAAAGUGUGAAGUACCUCCUUUACCAAAUCCAAAAAUUUGUUUAAAUUUGACAAUUUAAGAAUGUUAUUAAAUCAAAAGUUGCUAAUGGAAUCCUUAUGAAGGUUGCUAAUAACGAAAUUUAUGUAAUUAUUAUAGCUCUCAAAUAUAAUGUGUUAGCAAUCCAAUUUGUAUAUGGGAGCUUGGAUGUAACUUCAAAACUUGCAACUUAUAUAUUUCUAAAGAAUCAUGCACUUAUACAAUUGAUCUAUAAAAAUAGAAUUAUAUACAACCAUGUGCAUGGAUAAACGGUUCUUGUUAAUCUACAAAUACAGUUUUUUCUGAAUAAACAUGUUAUACUAAUUCAGCUUUCACUGCGAGAUGGAGUUCAAACUAAAAUGAUGGAAUUUGUAUACCAUGUAAUUUACCUAUUCAAUAACAACUUUAACCAUAAAAUCAAUGUUUGUGUUCUCAAUUAUUAACUGAGUAGGAAUGCAAUUUAACUGAAUGUUAUUGGGAAAAUGGCUUUUGCUAAGAUUUUAAUUGUUAUGGAAAAAGUCAGUUUAAUUGUAUCUAAAAUAUUUAAUGCUAUUGGUAGUAUAGUAUUUAUGAUUAUCAAAAUGGAUAGUGUAACAAUAUUCCGUCUCUAUAGAUAGUUGACUUUUGCACAACUUUACGUGGAAAAAAUUCUCUAGAAUGUCUAGCAUAAACUAAACUUUGUCCUGUUUCUUUAAAUGGGAUAUGUUAAAACAGAAGCCAUCUUUAAACAUGUUCUAGUAUGAAGUCUUUAUAAUUAUGUGCGAAUAGUGUUGGAUAAGAAGGUUAUUGUACCUACAAAAAUUAAUAAUGCCAAGUGCUAAACAACUGCAGUCAAUUAGAUAAUUUUAGUGAGUGCUCCUUAUUUGAUAAAAUAUGCUAAUGGAAUUCAUAAACAAAAACCUGCUUAUAAAUAUUUUGCUCUUCCUAUACAACCAAAGAUACAUGUACCUAUGUUUUUUAGAACAUUAAUAAAGCGAAUAUUUAACUAUGCAUUUGGAAUGGUAAAUCUUGUUCUUCUGCUUCUAAUUGUGUCUCAUGUUCUUUAAACUAAAUUAAACCAAAACAUACAUGUUCAUGUACAUUAUUGAAUGAUGUAGAAUGUACAUUAGCUAAACCUGUAUGCAAACUCAUUUAGAAUAAUAAAUGUGUUAAAUCAGAAUGCACAGAAAUUUUUGAUUCAGUUCAUUGUUCUUAAUAGAAUGAGUGUAUGUGGAAAAAUGGAUCAUGUAUUACUUUUACAAAGUGUUCUGAUUUAAAUGGAACAACUUCUUUAGAUUGUAUUGCAUAAUCUUUAUAAUGUUAAUCUGUAAGCAAUUCAUAAUGCUAACCAGCAUCAAGUUUAAACUCAUGUGGAUAAUAUUCAAAUCAAAAUUGCAAAUUUGGAAUCUUAGGAUCAGAUGGUUUUUGUUAUUGGAAUACAUCAACAGAUAAUUGUGAAGUCAUUUCUUCUUGUGAUAAAGUUAUGAAUAUCUCAAUUUGUCAAUAAUUGACUCCUGCUUGUUAAUGGAGUUACUACUUUUCAUCAUGUGUUCCUUUUUAAUGCUAAGAUUAUCUUUAGCAAGAAGAUUGCACAAAUGUUGUUGUCAAUCUAGUAGAUCCAUAGAUUUUAUUGUGCGUAUGGAAAAAUCAAAAAUGUGAACCUUUUGUAGACACUUACUAUAGGUUUGAUAAUUCUAUAUGUUAUGUUUAAUCUGAUCACACCUACAGAUGGGUUAAAGAUGAUAAACUAGGAGUUCAAUGUUAACAAUGUCUCCAAGCAUUCUUUAUUAAUAUUAUCACCAUUGCCAUAUUGAAUUUCUUUUGA